AUGUAUAAAAGCCGUGGCUUAUGGUUAAUUAAGUAUCAAUUUUAAAUUGUCCAACCAAACAAACAAACCAACCCAAACCCUAAACAAAAUGUUCAAAUUCAUCGCUGUCUGCUUCUUCGCCCUCUUGGCUGUGGCUGUCGCUAAACCCGGUGUAGUUGCUCCCUUGGCUUACACCGCCCCAGUGGCCUACUCUGCUGCUCCUUUGGCUUAUUCCGCUCCUUUGGCCUACACCGCCCCAGCUGCCGCUGUUGUUGGUAGUGCUGCCUAUGUUGCCCCCUAUGCCUCCAGCUACAAUGCCCACACCGUUGCCCACUCAGCUGCCUUCCCCGCUGCCUAUGCUGUAGCUCCCGCUGCAGUUGCUGCUCCAGUUGCCACCCCCUUCGCCGCUCCCCUUUUGUUGAAGAAAUGUGUUGACUACAAUGAUAACACACAGUGUGGUGGGGGCGGCGAAGGGGGUGGCAACUGGAGCGGCAUAAGCAGCAGGGAAGGCAGCAGAGUGAGCAACGGUAUGGGCAUUGUAGCUGGAGGCAUAGGGGGCAACAUAGGCAGCACUACCGACAACAGCGGCAGCUGGGGCGGUGUAGGCCAAUGGAGCGGAGUAAGCCAAAGGAGCAGCAGAGGGAGCGGCGAAGGGGGUGGCUACUGGAGCAGCAACAGCGGCGGCAGGGGCAACGGCAUAGGCGGCAGGGAAAGCAGCAGAGUGAGCAACGGUGUGGGCAUUGUAGCUGGAGGCAUAUGGGGCAACAUAGGCAGCACUACCGACAACAGCGGCAGCUGGGGCGGUGUAGGCCAAAGGAGCGGAAUCGCUGUCUGCUUCUUCGCCCUCUUGGCUGUGGCUGCUGCUAAACCCGGCGUAGUUGCUCCCUUGGCUUAUACCGCUCCUGUGGCCUACUCUGCUGCUCCUUUGGCUUACUCCGCCCCAUUGGCUUACACCGCCCCAGCUGCCGCUGUUGUUGGUAGUGCUGCCUAUGUUGCCCCCUAUGCUUCCAGCUACAAUGCCCACACCGUUGCCCACUCUGCUGCCUUCCCCGCCGCCUAUGCUGUUGCCCCUGCCGCCGCUGUUGCUGCUCCAGUAGCCACCCCCUUCGCCGCUCCCCUUUUGUUGAAGAAGUAAAUCAGAGAUAUUGGAUUUGAA